GGUGAAUCUUCCAGGGGAGUGGUAAGCCAGAGAAGGGUAUUGGUCAAGCGAGAGCGGGAGCGAGAGCGCGAGAAGGUUUCCUGCAGAGAGAGAGAGAGAGAGAGGGAGGUUUGCAUUCAUGGCGUCGUCUCUGUUGCAAUCCUUCAUAAAUCCAAGGAAGAACUGGCUCGCUGCACUACAUAUGAAAACUCUUUCAAAACGUCUGAGAAAAUACGGGCUCAGAUAUGACGACCUUUAUGAUCCAUUGUACGAUCUGGACAUCAAGGAAGCACUAACACGCCUCCCUCGUGAAAUUGUCGACGCGAGGAAUGCACGACUGAAGCGCGCCCUUGAUCUCUCCAUGAAACACGAGUACCUUCCCGAGGAUGUACAGGCAAUGCAGACACCAUUUAGGAGCUAUCUUCAAGAUAUGCUGGCUCUUGUAAGUGGUCCUCAAAAUCAAAUUGUAUUUCUGCCCUGUUUUGAAUAGUUGCCUUAUUUUUUGCUUUUCAGCUGUGAGCUUUAUUAUUUCCAUU